AUGACAAAAAUUGUUGAAUUAUGUCCUAAUAAAAAUUUGAUAAAUUUAAAAUUUGAAAAAUAUCAGUUUUGUAGCGAUGAAAUUUCGAUAGAUACUGAAAUAUGUUUAAAAACAGACGUAUAUAGGUUAGAAUUAACAACAAAUCGAGAUUCCUUCUUAGAAACUCGAUUAUUCGCAUUUCAUAAUCAUUUAUUCAAAAAUCCAUAUGAUACAUCAUCCUGGUAUAUAGAUGAAAAUGGAAUUGUAUGGCGAUUUAAAAAAGAUGGUAAUUUAGAACAAAUAUAUGAAAUUAAUAACUUAAAUAAAAAUGUGCAAAAUCGUUUGUAUAAUCCAUCAAUUGGAUUUACUGAUAAUAAUAUUAUUGUAAUUUCUGAUGGUGGAGAUUGUUUGAAAUUAUUAAUAACAAAUGCCCAAGAAAAUAUUAAAUCUUUCACAUUAAACAAUGCGGAACCUGGAAUAAUAUUAGAUAUAAGAUAUAUAGAUACUACAAAUACUAUUAUGAUUGCUAUGUGUGAUAUUAGAAGUACAGGUGAAAAAAAAUUUUCAAGGCUUUUAUUAUUAACAUAUGCUUGGAAAAAUGCAGGAAAUAUAGAUGAAUUCUUUGAGCUUAUUAAUAAAGAAACUUUAAAAGUAAAUGGUGCUAUUGAAUAUGUAUAUAUAGAAAACUCUGGUAAAUACUUACAUUCCAUUUGUCAAGAUUAUAUAACAUUUGAUUCCCCAAAGAUAAAAAAAUCUAUUGAUAAUGAAAAAGAUACAAAGAAAAUUGAGAAAUUAAAAAUUCCAAGAUAUUAUUGGUCUCAAGAUGAGGAUUCAAUAACAGUUUGGCUUAAAAUAGACAAUCAAUAUCGAGAUAAAAUUAAAGUAAAUGUAACAUCACUAGAACUAUCAGUAACAGUAAAUAAUAAUGUACUAAUAGAAGGACAAUGUCAAUACAGAUUAGAUGAAGAUUUAACGACAUGGAAAUAUGAACAAGAUACAUUUAAACUUGAAUUAUAUAAACAUGAAAAUGGUUUAAUGUGGAAUGAAUUAAUUAAAGGUGAUACUGGUGGAGAAUGUUUACCUAAUGAAACUUUGGCUACUGAAAUUCAUUCUAAGUUAGCACAUUUGUGUACAAAUCAAAUUGAUAAUAAACAAGGACAACCUUGUCUAGGAUUUAAUGCUGAACAACUUGAGGAAUGUGAUCUUGAAGGAAAAGAUAAUCUCUUAUUGAGAGUUGAUCUUGCUGAACAAACAAAUACUCAUUUAGCUAUGCUUGGAACAAGCAAUCAUGUAUUGUAUACAUAUAAAACAAAAAAUGGACAAGCAAUUUGUCUAAGACAUAAUAAUGAUGGUUUUUUAUGGAUUACUGAUCAAGUAAAUGAUAAUAAAUGGAAUAUCAAACAUUAUUAUACUUUUCCUGGUUUUGGUUAUGUUGAAGCAAGUAAAAGUAAUAAAAAAUUUUGUGUUUCUCCUGCUGAUGGUUCAUAUGUAGCUAUUCUUGAGCACACAAGAUAUAUAUUUCUUUAUAAAAGGCCUGAAUUAAAUGUUCAAAUUGGAAAACAAUGGAUUAUAGAUUUAGAUAAUGAAACCUAUCCUAUUAUGGGAGCAGUCGCCACAAAUAAAUAUUUAAUUAUUCUUACUAAAAACAAAUUAUAUCGAUUAAAUAUUUGUUUUUAAGAUAUCGAUUAAUUACACUCAUUUAUCGUCGCAUACAAAUAUUUUGUAUGAAUAUAAUUACAAUUAUUUAUAAUUUAAUAUAAUUAUAAUUACAAUAUAAUUACAUCUAUUAAUUACUAUUGUACAAUAAUAUAUAUUAUUUGCAAACAUAAAGA